AUGUCGGCCAGCGCUGUUUAUGUGUUAGAUCUGAAGGGGAAGUUGGACAUGUCCGAGAUCGAGCAUUUCAUGACCCUGCUGAUGGAUAAAGAGGAGGAGGGAACGCUGUCGCCCAUCCUGGCUCACGGGGGAGUUCGCUUCAUGUGGAUUAAACACAACAACCUGUACCUUGUUGCAACAUCCAAAAAGAAUGCUUGCGUCUCCCUGGUUUUCUCCUUCCUCUACAAAAUUGUUCAGGUUUUCUCUGAAUACUUCAAGGAGCUGGAGGAGGAGAGUAUCAGAGAUAAUUUUGUCAUAAUCUACGAGCUGCUGGAUGAACUCAUGGACUUUGGAUACCCGCAAACCACUGACAGCAAGAUCCUUCAGGAAUACAUCACGCAGGAAGGUCACAAGUUGGACACGGGCGCUCCGCGACCCCCUGCCACGGUCACCAACGCCGUCUCCUGGAGGUCAGAGGGCAUCAAGUACAGGAAGAACGAGGUUUUCCUGGACGUCAUCGAGUCUGUGAACCUCCUGGUCAGCGCGAACGGUAACGUCCUUUGCAGCGAGAUCGUUGGCUCCAUUAAGAUGAGAGUGUUCCUCUCAGGAAUGCCAGAGCUGCGUUUGGGUCUGAAUGACAAGGUUCUGUUUGAGAACACCGGCCGUGGUAAGAGUAAGUCAGUGGAGCUGGAGGAUGUGAAGUUUCAUCAGUGUGUGCGUCUGUCUCGAUUUGAGAACGAUCGAACAAUCUCCUUCAUCCCUCCGGACGGAGAGUUUGAGCUGAUGUCCUACCGCCUCAACACACACGUGAAGCCGCUGAUCUGGAUCGAGUCUGUGAUCGAGAAGCAUUCGCACAGCAGAAUCGAGUAUAUGAUCAAAGCCAAGUCUCAGUUUAAGCGACGCUCCACUGCCAACAACGUGGAGAUUCACAUUCCAGUGCCGACCGACGCAGACACGCCCAAGUUUAAGACCACGGUGGGCAGCGUGAAGUGGGUGCCGGAGAACAGCGAGAUUGUUUGGUCCAUCAAAUCCUUCCCUGGAGGGAAGGAGUACCUGAUGAGGGCUCAUUUCGGGCUGCCCAGCGUUGAGGCAGAGGACAAGGAGGGAAAACCACCAAUCAGUGUCAAGUUUGAGAUUCCUUAUUUCACCACCUCUGGAAUACAGGUGCGUUACCUGAAGAUCAUUGAGAAGAGCGGCUAUCAGGCCCUGCCGUGGGUGCGAUACAUCACCCAGAACGGAGACUAUCAGCUGCGGACUCAGUAAACGUGAAGAAUUAGCCUAGAGCAUCAUGGGUCAAGGAAGCGUCUCUGUCUGGCUCUCUUUCUGCUGUAUGUAGAGGCUCCACACUCAUCUGCAGUAUUCAUCAUUUCAAACAAAUACAAGUUAGAUCUUAGAUUUAUGGACUGCAAUUGAAUCUUUAAUACCGUGUUACUUAGAUUUUGUCCAAAUCUUCCCAUAUUGAAUCUUACAAAACUCUCCAGAACAUGUGAAUCUUUACUUGGAAGAAUCACAUGAAUCUUUACUUUUGAAUCAUUGAGAUAUUUUCCUCUAUUGUUACAUUGUUGUCAUGAUAUUUAAUCACAUUCCCUUCAAAUUCUCAUUGAUUCUUUUGAUUUUGUGUUGAAAUACGAGCCUGACGUCUAUGAGAGGUUUUCCUCAAGAACACACAAAUGCUGAUUCAUUUUGCAUUCAUUCCACAAGUUUUAAUUCACAUACUGCAGAUGUGUGUGUGUGUGUUCAGUGUCUACGUGUGUUUGACAGUAAACGGGAAUCAUGUUCCUUUACGUUUCAUGAAAGCGCAGCGCAGUCCUUAACCAAUGACACCACGUCACAUCUCAACGGAGGAAGUGUUCAUACGCGUCACAUUUCAGAUGUAUUCAUACUGUAAACUCUUCAUGUUUAGAAUGGAGAGCCGUUCAUUUGCGGUUAUUUAUCAGAUUAAUUCAACAACAGGUCACAGCGAUAGUAUGUUGCAGAUUACAGUGUUUGUUACGUCAAUAAGUCCAAAAAGGUCAAAUGAAUCGACUCUUAUUGAAGCGUUUGUAUUUCUAGGUCAUGGUUUCGUUCAGUAUUUCAGUCCGGGAAGUCCUCAGAUAUUGUUUUCUAACAUUCAGUAUUUUUUGAUGGCAUUCCUGCACACUGACUAUAUUAUAGUUUAUUUAUAGCAUGUUGUAAUUCAGUAUUAUUGGCUGCUCUGGGAUCUGUUCACAGUACCUCAUGAGUUUACUACUGCUAAAAUGCAGAAUUACACUUGAUUUUUAACUGCAACUGAAAUCUAAAGUCAACCAUGGUGCCAUUUUGAAAAUAGAAAACAUUUGUUUGUUUGUUUUUUGUAUUAAUUAGUCGAUUUGUCUAAUUUCAAUUGCCUUUAAAGGAUGGAAUGUGAAGGUUACCAUGUUUACUAUGGUACUGCAUGCAGUGGUGCUGAAAUGUGACAUAACUGUAUUCCUCUCAAAAUGUUCCUGUAUCUCACCUCACGUAAAUAAUUCACCUCUCUGUACACGUCAAGCAUCAAUAAAG